CGCGGAUAGGCAUUGUCCUAUUCCCUGUAAAGAAGCGACACGGGCCACCGCGUGGCGGGACGGAGACGCGCGAGUCCAUCACACACAUCCCAAGACACUUUCGUCGUCAUUGCAAACAUGGGCGAGGUGGAAGCUGUCAAGAUCUUUGCGCGCCUCCCAAGUUACAACCCGUUUGUCGGUACGUUCCAUCAUGCCCCAAGCGCAGGCAACCGCGGUGCUGCGUACUUUGCUCACGACAUCGUUGGCGUCGCCGAGCUGGAAGAGCGCAAGAAGUUUCGCAACAACCCCCUCACAGGCACGUUCCAUGCUCUUCCUGGAUACUAUGAUCCCCUCCACGGUCUCAAGCAACUGCGGCAAAGCGAACCGAAUCUCGACGCAUCAGCCGUCGCAGACUCGGACUCGAUGUGCUCGUCUGAAAACAACCAAGACGACGCGAACAAGGAAUUCGUUGCGUUGGAUAUGGAUGACUCUGUGGAAUUCGCCCUUGUGGAGCAAACCGAUGUCGCCCCAACGUCCCUCCCGCUAAACUUGUCACGGAGUUUCCGCCGCCGACGAGGUCAAAAGGUCACGGAAUUCCCACACCGCUCCACGCAUGACAACAUGCAUCCGUACGAAUCCCUCAACUCCCGUCGCAAGACCGCCUCGACUCGCAUUCGAUGCUUCAGUGACUCGGACGUGUCAUUCAAGCUGCCUCCAAAAGUUGUCUAUCCAUACGCCGACGCUCGCGUGUUGGCGUUAUCUCCAACUUCGAAGCGAUCGUCGACACUCACCGCGGACGUAUCCAUGUCAUCCAUGGAGAGAGAGCGAUCGUCGAGCAGUUGUGCGUCCGACAACGGUCGUCCGUCCCACUCAAGCAGCUUUAGCAGCAACAACAAUUUGCAAGAUGACGACAAUGACGACGGCGACAGCAUGAUGGAGGAAGACCUUGAUGUGCUCUCGGAUCAAGAAGAUUACCACCGCCACCAUCACAUCUAUCGGCACUAUUCCGAGAGCGACAUUUCCCCCUCGGCAUCCCAUGAGGUCGUCGACUUUCUCACUCCUGUGGUAUGCAAGAAAUCGUCGAGCGACGUGUGCGAUCUCGUGGACGGCUACGUGUCGACUGGCAAGGGCAUUUAUCGCAAGUGCGGCUUCCGUACCAUCGACACGACCGUUGGCACCAAGCCAUCGACGCUAUCGCCAACAUCGACGGGGGCCCUGACGGUCCCUGCAUUUCGCCGUCACAAUAGCGGCCCUGUGGACCCCAAACUCUUGUCUCAACCUGACGACUGCGACACCGAAUACGAACAAGGGGCGCCCAAGGUGCCAUCGAAUCCGUUUAUUGCUCGCCGUCUUGUGGACGACCUGGAAGAGAACAAGCUCCGCCUCAUGAGCAUCAACCGCAGCAUCCCCCGCUUGCCGCAAACGGUCAUGCUGGAAAAGUCCCCGAAAGGCACGAAACCAUGCCCGGCCGAGACGUACUUCAUCAAUCCGUUCUUCAUUCACGAACUGGCGGUCACCGAGCACUACGAAUUGUGCGGCGAGGACCAGCUUGGCGACGGCGCGUAUGCCGUCGUGAAGCCAGCGAUUCGCCGCAGCAAUGGCGCCGAAGUCGCCAUCAAGCAAAUCCACAAACGGUAUUUAUUGACGGACAAAGCCAAGGCAGCCGUGAAGACAGAGGUCGAGAUCCAUCUGCGACUCCAACAUCGCAACAUCGUGCGACUUUUGGAAGUGUACGAGACCGAGUCGUUCUUGUACUUGGUCAUGGAGAAGGCACGACACGGCACGCUGAAGCAGCUCAUGCAACGGGAGCGCCGAUUCCCCGAGGCGCUGGCGGCCAAGUUGGCUCAUCAAAUUGUACGCGGCAUCUUCUUCAUGCACGAAUUGGGUGUCGUCCACUGCGACGUCAAGCCCGAGAACGUUCUCCUGUCCGACGCGAAAGACUCGACAGACGCAGGCCACACCAGCAACAACGAGGUCAAGGCAUGGGACCUCACUGUCGAACUGUGCGACUUUGGGUUGAGCGUCAAGGUGCCGGACGUCCGGUUCUUCAAGCACACGGGGGACGUGCACAAGGUCCCGUUCAACGGACUCACGGGGUCCGUGGGGUACAUGGCCCCCGAGUUGUUUCAGUCGCUGCCGUAUGGGAAACCCGUGGAUCUGUGGAGUGUCGGCAUUAUCAUUUACGAGAUGUUGACGGGGUACCAGCCAUUUUAUCCGCCCAGCAUUUGCGUCGAAGAACCAGCAGAGUUUACGCCCCGGAUAUGGAAAAAGUUUAGCAGAGAAGCCAAGGAUUUGGUGUCGCACUUGCUCGAGCGGGACCCCACGAAGCGGUUCACGGUCGAACAGGCGCUAACGCAUCCGUGGUUUGAUAGCGCUGUGUUUGGGCAGUAAAGAUGAACGGAAUCCGAUUAAGUUAAAAGCAACUCGCGUUGGCCUGCAACGACGCCUGCGAAGGCAUGCCGUACGCUUCAUUGCGACAAUUUUACGCGCCAGCUUUUCGCUUUUUGGACGGCACCCACUGGAAAAAGUCACACCGGCCGUUGGGGUCUCCUGGAGCGCCCUCUGGUUUGCAGCACAAGUAAAACUUGCGUCCCCAGUUCUCAUUUUGCUUGAGGACUGUGCGCAAGAGGCAAGGAAGGUUGUGGCCCGAGCAGAGCGGUGGUG